AUGCCUUGUACGUCAAUUAUCACUGGAGAAACUGCGGUCCUCGAUACUCCCGUACGUGGUAAACAUGAUGUUAUUAUUUAUAAUCCUGUCACCGUGACACCUGCUGUUUUGGCAUUUCCAUGGAUACUAAAUGGUAGGGAUCAUUACAAAUACCAACUUGAAGCCACAGGGGGGAGUGGACAAUACUCGUGGCCUUCUGAUGCUACGACCAUUGCAAGUGUCAACAUUCGAGGUCUUCUCACUACGACUGCUGACACUGGAUUCACUAUUGUGAAGGCUCAUGACACUGAGAAUUUAUUGCAUUAUGUUCAAUCAAAGGUUUAUAUAUUGCCUCCGGACAACUUAAAGUUUGUCCCCUCAAGAGUUGAAGUUGAAAUUGGUACAAAGUUAAAGAUUCCUGUGUCUGCUGCUGCAUUUUCUUUACCAGAAAACGAUGAUUUAUUGUUUUUUGAUGAUUGUCGCAAAAUGAAGCUUACGAUAUCUGUUAAUAAUCCUUUUAUUGUUAUGUAAAGCAAAAAAAUGAGCAACG